UAUUUGACAGCGCAAGUACGACACCUGCUGUUCAGCCGGUGAAAAGUUGCGUUAAAAAUCAGUGCAUCAGUUUGCAUGCAGUUUAUCGAGAAUCACAUAUAGUGAGCAACUUUUUUAUAACAAUGGUUGUAUGCUAAACAUUGAAAUCGAACACUUUGGUCUUCGAAUGUGAAUAUUUUAAAAAGAUGAGUGAAAAAACUAACGUCCAAGCUGCGAAUGUAAAUACAAAUGCAGAUGACGGUAAAGCUGGAUAUUUCAGAAAAAAGGCUCGGGGCACAGAUCCUUUGGCAGCUACUUGCCGGGGGAGAUUACAAGUACAGAGAGCGAAACUAAAUCAAGAAAUAAAUUACCAAACGAUGAUGAGAAACGGAGCUGAAAAACUUUACAGAGCAACAACCAACAAGAAGCUGAAGGAAACAAUAGCCUUAGAGUUAAGCUUUGUCAACUCAAGUCUUCAGCUGCUAAAAGAACAGCUGGCGGAUUUAAACAGUUCUGUACAACUGUAUCAAAACAACAGCUCAAUAUCUACGAUGCCAAUGGUACCACUGGGUUUGAAAGAAACAAAAGAAAUUGAUUUCAAAGAGCCCUUUAAGGACUUUAUCUUGGAGCAUUACAGUGAAGAUGACAGCAAAUUUGACAGUGCAAUUCAGCAGCUGAACCAAAUCAGACAGGCUAUAAGAACUCCUUCUCGAGAUGCAAAUGGUGUAAAAAUGCUUUUCCAUUACUACAAUCUUCUUUAUUUUAUUGAUAAAAGAUUUUUCGCUUCUCAUCGAAAUUUAGGAUUGCACUUUGAAUGGUUUGACAGCUUGACUGGUUUGCCAAGCAUGCAGAAAAGUGUAGCAUUUGAGAAAGCUUGUAUAUUAUUUAAUAUAGCGGCCUUAUACACCCAAAUAGGUGCUAAACAGGAUCGAACAAACAGUGAAGGAAUGGAUGCUGCAGUGGAUAGCUUCCUAAGAGGAGCAGGAAUUUUCCACUACUUAAAGCAAAAUUUCAGCAAUCCUCCGAGCACCGACCUAUCACCAGAAGUUCUAGAUAUGCUUACUCAUCUAAUGCUGGCACAAGCAAGAGAAUGUUUAUUUGAAAAACUUGUUGCAGACACAGACAAACGGAAUCUCUCUCAGUGCUUAGACAUUGCUCAAGAAGCUUCCCAGGUUGCUGAAGUAUAUAAACAAUUAUAUAAGCUUCUCAGCUCUACAGGAAUAAAAGAUUGUGUUCCAAAUUCUUGGGGUGGCUUGAUGAACGUGAAAACUGAACAUUACACAGCUCUAUCUCAUUACUAUGCAGCUCUUGGACUCAUUGAACAAAAUAAGAGUGAACCAACCACAGCAGUUCAAGAAAAAUUAGAACAUCUCCAUAUUGAUGUAAAGUCUAGAGAAAUAAAGGAAGAGAUAUUUGUGCCACAAAAUGCAAAUGAGAGACUUCGCUUGGGAAGAGCACACUUGCAGCAAAGUAUUGCCACACAUGAAGAAGCAUUACGGACGUAUCGAAUGUGCCGACAGCUUCAGCUCAUAGAUAGCUUACAUGAUCUCCUCCAGAAAGCCAAUGAGAAUUCAUUAAACCUUCUGUCUAAGCUCAUUGAAGAAGUAGAUCAAUUUCAAGAAGUUCUGGAGCCUUUGCCCAUUCGAGCUUCAACAAAAUUUCAGCUGAAAUUAACAGAUCCAGAUUUCAGCCAAUACAAAGCAUCUGAUCUGUUUAAAGCUUUGGGGCCUUUAAAGUUUUUCUCUGCCAAGCGCCACUGGACUGCAGCUAGGAUUGUAGAACUGAAGAAGGCAAGUGAUGAUGCCACUUUUGGCUUUAGUGUCAAGGAAGAUUCUCCUGUUGUUGUCACAAGGGUUGAAAUUGGUGGGAUAGCAGAGGGCUGUGGUCUAAAAGAAGGCGAUUACAUCACAGCUGUAAAUGACCAGGAUACCAAAUGGGCAUCUCAUGAUGAAAUGGCUGAACUGAUCAAGGCUGCUGGAAAUUGCAUUACUUUGAAAGUUGUGACACCAAUGAACUGGAAAUAUUUACACUCUAGGGGAGCAGCAGGAAUGUCAAUGUGCUCAAAAUCCACAUCUUCCAGUAGUUCUGGGUUUAGUUCUUCUUCUAGCCGCAAUCCCAGUCCGGUAGGAAGUAUGUGUGGAAAGGAGAGCGAAAAAAGGUCGAGCUGGAAUCCGUUUCGGAGAAGAAAUUCUAAAGACCCUUUGGAAUCGAGUUAUAUAACCAACAUCCUGUACAGAUGAAAUUUAAAAACAUUCCUUCAACCAUUUCAUCUCAUGUUAAUUUUGUUACUCAUAAACUCUCAGACAAGGCUUCUUUUUUUGAUUAUUUGCAAUUUCAUGCAUAUGAGGUAUAAUAUGGAAUGACAAAAAUAAUUUUUUUCACAGCUGUAAAUCGCUGAAUUUUGUAUUAGUACUGAAAUUUUCAUGGAUUAUUUAUGUCAAAAUGUCUUUGGAGUAAAAGCAGUAAUUUCAUCUAAAUUUUCUUGCUUUUCUUUUCUUUUGUAAAAUUAUUUAUAGUGAAUUAGUUAAACUAUUUCUAUGUAUGGAAUCCAAUGCCUUUUAAAUCUUUUGUUUAAAAGCUCAGUUUUUUUAAUCAUUAUUUAAAAAACUCUUAUGAAAUUCAGUUUGUGAAAUCUCCAUAUGUUACAAAAAUAUAAAACAUUUCUUCUUAUUUAUUAGAAUGUUCAGCUAUGCACGGAAAAAUUUUUAUUAAGUAUUUUGUAUUAUUAAAUACAUUUUGUUUGACUGGUUAUUGACUCAUGCCUUCUGCUUAACAAAUAAGAAAGCAAGAUUAGCAUUUAGAAAAUUCAGGUAUAUGAAACUUGAUUUAUUUAACAGAUCUCGUACAAAAAUUAUGAAUGAGAAAAUUUUCUUUUCAUAGACAAAUUAGUACAAUAAUAUCUCUUCAUACUGCCAAAAUUACCAGAGAUAUUUGGUUAAAAUAACUUGCCCAUUAAUGACUAUUGAAGGAGUAAAAACAAAAAUAAUCAUUACUCAAUAAUCAUUAUUGAAUAUUGCACUGAUUAUUGUUGCUUUAAUUCCUGUAGUUACCAGAGAUAUCAUUUAUCAAAAUAGUUGGAAACUGCAUUCAAAAUUGAUAAAGGCAUGACACAAAUUUUUAUGUGAAUGUCUUUCAUAUCAGGAAAACAAUAAUGUAAAAACAUGACUUUAAAAUUUUCUGAAUUGAAAAUUUUGUAUGAGGCAAAUUUAAACUUUUAUACAGCUCUCUCUAGAGAAAACAGGAAAACUUUCAUUUUAAAACUGGAGCUGUAGAUCUAAAACCAACUGCCCUGUAAUCUUUUCUAAACACCCUGUAUAUUAAAUUGCAUAUGACAAAACACGUUUGUCCUUUUAUAUUGAAGAAUUUCUAUUUCAGAGAGGGAGUGUACAUUUAAAAAAAUGUUUAAUACAAUAAAAUAAAUGGCAACUUCUCUAUAUAUUAAUAUUUAUCUCUAGGUAUUAAACUUUAAUUUCAUAAUUUAACCAUAUAAAAAAUGUACAAUUCUUUCAUUAUGCAUUUACAAGAAUAAAAUUUACUAACUGCAGUUUUCAUUGUUUUCCUGUAUUUUCUUGUACUGUUCAGUCCUCAUUUCUUUGUAUCAUUUAAAAAUAAUAAAGUUUAUCCUUGGCAUGUUAAUUCUAUAUGUGAGCCUUCAUUUUCGAAAUUUAAAAAAAAAUAAUAUUUUAUAUUAAUUUAAAUUCAUGUGAAAUGUCGGAAAGUAUCACAAUAUUAAGUUAUCUAACAAACUCAUGUAAGUUUCUUUCUAUUAAUUCUUCAUUGCACAAUUUGUUUCCUCACUAGACCUGAUUAUUCAAGUCUAACUGAGUGACUUCACACUGCACUAACAAAGGUUGUCAAAAACUUCAGCUUCCUGAAGUGUUGAGGCCGAGUCCUCGGAGAACAACCUUAGCUGUAUGCUCAUUUUUCAAUAAUUUUUUAACUCUGUUGCUACAUUCCUCCCUACUGAUUCAUUCCUUUAUUAAAUAGUGAAAUAUGAAGUAUGUUUUAAAUAUUUAGUCAUUGUAUUAAAGUCAUUAUUCAAAACAUUUCAUAUAUAAAAGUCUUGAAUGCCUUACUUGUACUUCUUUUCAUAAAUUGUUCAGAAUUUUAAUAAAAUGCUCCCAUUUGCAGGUUAUAUACAUGUCCUACGUAUUGCAUGUUUUAAAUUCUGAGAAUACAUGUGGAGAAAUUCAGAAAUUAUCUAAUUCUAAAUUAAUUUAAUGAAGUUAAUGGUAAAACCAUUGCAUUUAUAUUUAAAGAAUAAACUACUUUUUGCAUUUUUGUUGGGUUGGGGAGGAUAUUUAAUAUCAUGUCAAACAUUUAAUUUUGUAUAGGGUGAGUCAAAAUUUAUUGCAAUUUAAUUUUUAUUAAAUUGUAUUUAAAGUAAAAGAUAUGUUUCAAAAUAAGCUUAGUAUGUUUAUAAUGCAGUUAAAAUCUGUCAAAUGUGUUAAAAUGUUAGGCAUUGGUUCCAUAACAUUAAGUUUAGCUUUUUAUAAUGUUAAGUUGAAAUUAUUUUUAAAAAUUUUCUUUGUAUCUUUUAAUUCUCAAGUGGAGAUAAUUAAAUAGCAGAAAUGCUGUUAUUUCUGCUUACAGUUAAUUUGAUUAGUUAUUUAUAACUUUUAGAUUUUUUUUUUUAAAUUCCUUUUCUUAUGCAUGUUAUUAUUACCAAUGUCCGAAGUUGAGGACUUAAACAUCUAGUCUUUUGUGUUUUAUAACCUGUACAUAUUUUUGUUAAAUAAAAAGUGUGUUUGUCUAAUUGCUUGUUUAUUCAAUGUGCCAGAUGUUUUUCCUUCUACCUUCAUUCAGUUUUUCGCAUGCAAAGCUUUAUAUUUAUUCUUUAGCCAUUCAGUUUCACUUCUGUGCUUUGAGUUGAGAAAUUAAAUUUUGUUAUCUUGGUAAUGCUGAGCAUAUUAUGGCAUCCAAUUUAUUUUUAAUAAGUCACUAAUUUAACUAUUAUUUGCUUCAUUAGAACUUAGUAAAUCAAAUGCUAGACAGAAAAAAAAAAAAAAAAAAAAAAAAAA